CGUGACUUAUGCAUAUUUGACCUUGUUAUAUUGAUCAAAUUUCAUAUGUCUAAAGUUAUGGUUUUGAAAUAUUUUAAACAUUUAAAUGCAAAACAUUGAUGAAUGAGCAAGGACAGGUCAUGUCUUUUAAAUGCACAUAUUUUGCAAUCGUUGUCCUGCUGACCAUACAACAAGCAAAAUUACAAACGACAGAUAAAGAAUGGUUUGACCGUUUUCUAAGGACAGGAGAGGCAUGCAAAAGUAACACGUGUCAACUCGGUGAUUCAACAUGUGAAUGUUUCUUAACAAUAGAUCAUGCUUUAACAAUGAGGUAUAGAGGAGAAGGUCAACCGGCAGUCUUACUAAGACCAGAUAAAGGAAAAGCUGUAAGAGUUAAAAAUGGAGAGCCGUUUGAACGAUCGCUUGAAGAUACGUUCAUACUCGCAGAUGGAUACAAGUCACGAAUUGUUAUUGUCGUCAAUGGAAAAUUCCCAGGACCUACCAUAACAGCUAGAGAAGGCCAAGAAGUGAUAGUUCAUGUUCGAAAUCUGAUGCAUACAGAUAGCACGACAAUUCAUUGGCAUGGGCUGCAUCAAAAGAAGACCCCUUGGUCAGAUGGUGUUGCAUUUGUAACACAGUGUCCUAUUUUACCGGGCCAAAACUAUACAUAUAAAUUCAACGCGAAGCCGUUUGGAACUAGUUUUUAUCAUGCUCAUAUAGGGGACCAGAGGACGAUGGGAUUAUAUGGUCCCCUGGUAAUAAUACCAACACCGGGACAAAAAAUAUCGUCGCAACAAGAAAAAGACGAGUUUUUUGUAGCUAUUAUACAAGAUUGGAAUCAUGACGACGAUGAAGAUGCAUUGUACCAAAAAAUGAUUUGGGGUGUUUUCGACAGCUCAGGUAAAUAUGUUAAUGAAACUAAAGAUCCGUCUGGCGCACGAUAUAGUCGUUUUAAAUGUCAUUCCGGUCUGAUUAAUGGAAGAGGACGCUUUUAUCGUUCGUCAACAGAACACAACGAAGUUCCAUUGACACGCUUUGAAGUGGAGCAAAAUAAGGACUAUCGAUUUAGAGUAAUAAGUGCCGCCACCUUAUAUCCAUUUCGCGUUUUUGUUGAGAGACAUAGACCAAUUUAUAUUGUGGCUUCUGACGGAUUUGAAAUAGGUAAAACGGAGGUAGAAUCAUUUAUUAUUCACCCAGGUGAAAGAAUUGAUUUUUUGUUAAAUGCCGAUGAGCCUCCUGGUACAUAUUUACUGGUUGCCGAGACGUUAGAGGUAUAUUCAGAAAACGAAUACCAUGCAGCCGAAGCUAUAAUUCAUUAUCAAAAUGCAGAAAUUAAUCUUAACCCACCAAAGGCCGUCCGGCAUACAUGUGAUAGCUCUGGUACUACAUGUCGAGUUUUUAAUUGUCCGUUUACACAGUUUUCAAGCACACAACAAAUAAAGUGUGUCACUUUUAAUGACGUAAGUUCAAUAGAUCCAAAUUCAAACACGGAUGAGGUCAAGUCAGAUAAAGUUGUCGAACUGUUUUUCAAUUUUGCGUUUCCAGGGGAGAACGGCUACACCCCUGGAUCGGUAAACGGACACCAGUUUUUACCACCCACAGUAGCUGCAUAUGCGCAACCGGAACUGGUUGACUACGAUUGUAACGCAUGUAACGCAUCUACGAUAUGUGAGUGCACAUAUGCCGUAACCAUUGACAUCGAAAACAAAGAUCUAGUUUAUCAGUUUGUUAUGACAAAUAUAGGUGGAGGUGCCGGUUGGUCACAUCCAGUUCAUUUGCAUGGACAUUCGUUUUACGUCAUGAAAAUGGUGUUCGCUACUUAUGACAAUGACGGCCAACUUAUGCAAAAUGGUACCCAGGACAACAUCGACAUUAUUUGUCCUGAUAGUAAAAACUUUUGCUCUGACGCAAAAUGGAGAAAUGAAAAUUGGACAGAAGGAAGACAUCCCGAUUUAAACUGGAACAAUCCUCCUCAAAAAGACACGAUUAUUAUACCCUCUGGUGGAUAUGUUAUCAUACGAUUCAAGGCAGACAACCCUGGUGUUUGGUUCUUUCACUGCCAUAUUGACCUACAUAACACCAAUGGUAUGGGCAUGAUAAUUAGGGAGUCACCAAAUAAUCAACCACCGGUGCCGGACAAGUUCCCAAAGUGUGGUAGUUUUCUAAAUGAUGGUAAAAUUAGAGAGGACGAUGGUGGCGACGAUGACGGCGGUGCGUCAUGUUUUAGUGCGACGUCAACCGUGUUCACAGAAAGUAGAGGAUACAUAACAUUGAACAAUUUGACGAUAGGAGAAAAAGUAUUGUCUAUGAACAAAAAUAAUGAAUUACAUUUUAGCGAGGUGAUAAUGUUCCUUCACCGAGAUGUUCAUUCACAAUCAGUGUUCCUUAUUGUUGAAACAGAGAGCAGACACAAGCUAUACAUCAGCAAGAAACAUUUGAUUUAUAUCGCUGAUUCACCUUCAUAUAUAACUUUGAGACCAACCUUAGCAGAGUCAAUCAGAGUUGGUCAAUAUAUUUUGGGUAUUUCCUCAUCCAAAGAUGCAUCACUAAAGUUUUCAAAAGUAGUGAGGGUCGACCAUGUAACUAGGAAUGGUGUUUUUGCACCUUUAACAGAAGAUGGCAAAAUUAUUGUGGAUGGAGUUCUCGCUUCGUGUUAUGCAAAUAUCUACAGUGAUGAUUUAGCUCAUUUUGCAUUUUUACCAGCAAGAUCAUUUUAUUCGCUGAACAAGCAUCUUAUUUAUCCUAUGAUUGGUCUAAACUCAACAGGCUUUAUAUCAGAAGGUAUACAUUGGUAUGCUGAUGCCCUUUUGUAUUUGGGAAAAUUAUUGUAUGGCACACAAAAUCUUGUUUUGUCAAUUUGACGAUAAACAUUCGUCUGAAAAUAUUUCUGAAACUAUGAUACGUACUCAAUGAAACUUAUGAUAUCUCUUUACAUUUAAGUGAUUUUUUUUACAUAUUGUAUAGUAAUAACAUAUAUAUUAAUGUUACAUAUGUUUCUGCACCAUAUGCGCAUUUUGACAAAAAGUGUCUCUUCAGUGUUGCUCGAGAUCAAAUAUUUGAAAAUCAAACGCGUAUCAAAAAGAUGAAGAUCUAAAGUAUUAUCUUAAAAGGAACAAAAAGUAGAGCCAAAUCCGGCCAAGGAAACAGAGCCUUUUAGAACAGUCGUAAGAUUAUUUUUUUUGCUUUUAUUUGGUUUAAACAUUAACAAAUACUAUUAAAAGCUUCAAGAAAUGUAAAUCUAUAUUUAAAGUACUGAAUUAUUAGAAAUUUUAUUAUUUGCACAUUAUAUUUAAAAUAACGUUUCUCUCAACUGGUUAGAAUUUAAUGUUUACGAAUUUGCAUGAUCAACCUAUGACAGUACUACAUACAAUUCUUUAUUUUUAAUUUACAAAAUAUCCAUGUGGAGUGCGUUUCCCCACUUUCUGUUGUAGUUAGUCAACACAUAGUUCAUUGUUCAAUAUAAAACUGAAUAAGACACAAGUUUGAAAACUUUGUAACGUUUUUUUGCAAAUAUUGGCACUGAUUUCCUUUUUUAAAACUAAAAUAAUUUAUUACUGUUGCAUGUACCAAUAAGUACCGAUUGCUUUAAUUAAACA